AUGUUAAUGCCUUAAAGGUUCUCCACCGCAGGGGAUACUUGUUUUUACGGCUGAGUAUAACAGGUUCAGUCACUGCUGGCUGCAGAGAUGAUGACAGGAGUCUGUGAUGAGCGCAGAAAACUUCCUGCGCCGCAGCUCCUCCUCAGUCUGCCUGUUAUUGUUUACGGUCGCACUCAUGAAAAGUAGGUCAUGGAAAACAGAAGCCCGGCGAGCUGUCUUGCCUGAAGUAUCUUGUAAUACAGGACACUCAAGGGACGACGUCUUUGCGGGUUUGGCGGUUUUUAUGUAGAAACUGAAUGUGACCAACAAACAGCUGCUGUACUGAUGCCGUUCUUCCAACAUCUGGACUAAACCUCAGCAGACUGGCAGGUUCUUCCUACAGUGAGACUCUGUUGCUGCCAUGUCCAGGAGAAGCAGGAACAGUCGUGCAUGGAGAUAUGUGUGGGGAGGCAUACGGAGGGAUGCUGAUGCCCGGGCCCUUGUGUUGGCUUCUGAGAGUGAAGAAUGGAACUAUGAUCGCCUUGAGUACGCAAGUGAUUCAGACUCUGAGGGAGACUUUUCAGCAGUGAUGGUCCCACCAGUCCCCAGCGCAGUACCCGUCACCGGAGAGUCCUACUGCGGUUGUGAUUCCCAGGCAGAGACCAGCUACAACCCUCGUCUGCGAGGCUUUCUCCAGGUUAAAGACUGCCACUGUGGAGAGGAUGACCAAGAUUUUGAUUGGGUUUGGGAUGCCAACAGCCGAUCAACAGCAACAUUACUGAGCUGCGAAAAUCGCAAAGUGAACUUCCACUCUGAAUACAGCUGUGGUACAGCUGCAAUCCGCGGCUCCAAGGAGCUCGCAGACGGGCAGCACUUCUGGGAAAUUAAGAUGACGUCCCCAGUGUACGGAACAGAUAUGAUGGUUGGUAUCGGUACAUCUGAUGUCAAUCUGGACAAAUACAGACAUACCUUCUGCAGCCUGCUGGGAAAAGAUGCAGACAGCUGGGGGCUUUCUUACACUGGCUUGUUGCAUCAUAAAGGAGACAAAAUGAACUUCUCCUCACGUUUUGGUCAAGGUUCCAUCAUUGGAGUUCAUCUGGACACGUGGCACGGCACACUUACUUUCUUCAAAAAUCGAAAGUGCAUAGGAGUUGCUGCUACAGAGCUGCAGAAUAAGAGGUUUUAUCCAAUGGCGUGCUCCACAGCGGCGAAGAGCAGCAUGAAGGUCAUCAGAUCCUGCUCUGCACCCACCUCCCUGCUGUACCUGUGCUGUGCUCGUCUUCGCCAGCUGGUGCCAGACUGUAUAGACAUCCUAGAUGUGUUGCCCCUACCACCUGGCCUGCGUCAUUUGCUCCACAACAAACUGGGUUGGGUGCUCAGUCUUACCGGUAACUGCGGCACAAUGGAAGAAACCCCAGAUGGCGCUGAGCAGUCCUCCAGUUUGCCGGUCCCCGCUUUGGCAGGACCGUCCUCCUCCGAGAGCGACUCAGAGGGUUGUUCGUCCGAUCCGGAGGCCUGUCAGAGGAAGAGAUGCCGCUGGACAUGACUGGGCGACUCGAUCCUACCUCCCCUUAAACACUGGCAGACAUUAGUGUCCUUUGGCAUCUGAUGUAGUGUUACUGAACUGCCUCAAGCUUUCUUUAUUAGUGGCGUCUGGAGAAAGUAACGAGGGCGGUCGAGCGGAGGGAGCGAAACGUCGGUGGAAAACUGUGAUCUUCUGUCAUGCCAUUCUUCAUGCUCAUCACAUGUCGAGUAUCAAAGCCAGCUUCAGUAAAAGGUGAAAAUAUACCAUGUUAUUUUGUUAUGGGUGGAUGUGGUGGUCAUCAAAAUGGGGAGGGUUAAAAAAACAGAUACUGUAUAGAAAUUUUCUGUAUUUUCAUCGCGUAUCUUGCAUUUAAUGUAUGUUUUUCUCACUUUAAAUGUUAUCAGUGAGUUAUCAGAGGACUUUGUUACAUGUAUCAGUGGCAUCUGCAAGUUUCUCCUCUGUUGCUCAGAAUCAGCUGAUAUUCUAUAUUAUGUAACUACUGUUCGCUCCUUAAAUGCUAAAAGUUAACGGUAAAUGAACCUGAGUGCACUUUGCAGCUUUUAGCCUUAAAAAAGAGAGCGAUAACCUUUGAGCAAGGCAUGCACCUCUCACGACACAUCAGAUAAGCGUUAUUUCUUGAAAAAUAUCUGUUAUAUGUUACAUUCAUGGAGACAUCAUCCAUCUAGCUUCCAGCCUUUUUUUUCCGUCUAUAAAGCUGUGUGCAUUAUUUAGUGUAGCCUUUUAAUGCUGAUAUUUUAACAUUUUCAUUGCUGUUACUUUUUUAUGUUUUAAAAGUUUCUUUAACAGACAGUAGAUUCAUCAUCAAGCUA